ACCGACACAUGGACCAAUAACAAACAUAUAAUAUGAAGGCACUGCUCUCUAGGCUGACAAUGGCAAGAUUCACUACAAGCUAUUCUUCUUCGUAUUCCUUCAUUCGCAGCUUGUGUACUUUAAGCGAAGAAAAGGAACUAGAUGUCAACGAAAAAAAUGAAAAUUUGGCUUCUUCAACAAUGAUUCAAAUCUUCUGCAGCAACCUAUGGAAGCUCUAAAGAAAAACAAAAAGGCGGUAAGUGUAAUGAAUGUCAAAAAUUAUCCUUGAAUUUUGAAAUAAUGCAUUUGAUGUUCCUGUUUUUUAAGAAAAAAAGGAGGAAAAUUCACGGCGUAUCUUGUUGGCAUUGGUCGAUUUUCUUAUUCCUCUUGUUACGGCAUUAUUUUUGUUACUGCAAACACUUAUACCUCUUCAUCUAAAGAAUUACACAAUGUCACUGAGCGAAGUAUUGGAAUGCACAAUUGAUUUCGAAGGUCAAAAACUAGCAGAGCAAUUGACAUAUAUUCUGCUGAUCGUCACUAGUUUUGCUAGCUUUGUAACAGGUUACCUUAUGGCUUCUAUGCAGUUAUCUUUAUAUAUCUUUUUAGCAGGCUGCAUCCUUACAAGUCUGGUCGUGCUUCCACCUUGGCCGAUGUAUAAUAAGCAUCCUCAACUAUUUAUUCAAGACAAAAGCAGCGAUUCUACAAAAAUACAAGUCAAGAAAGAAUAGUCAUAGCAUUUAAACAAUAAGAAAAUAAAAAAAGAGGAAUGUUGCAUGCCGGAAGAAAUUUGUUUGAUAUUGAUCUAGUAAUGCAUUCAUAGUCAGGAUCCACACUUACAAGCCUUUUACAGUUACUCUUACAAUAAUAGUUUUGAAAAAUCGUUUUUUUUUUUUUUUUAGUAUUCCUUGGUUGCUAACAACCAAUGACAUCUUUGAAC